UGGGGUGAUCAUGGACAAGAGGCUCUAGAAGCUGCUCACGUGUGCCUGAUAAACGCCACCGCCACAGGAACUGAAAUUCUUAAAAACUUGGUACUUCCAGGUGUUGGCUCAUUUACAAUUAUUGAUGGAAAUCAGGUCAGCGGAGAAGAUGUGGGAAACAAUUUCUUCCUUCAAAGAAGCAGCAUCGGCAAGAACCGAGCCCAAGCUGCCAUGGAAUUCUUACAAGAAUUAAAUAAUGAUGUCUCUGGAAGUUUUGUGGAAGAGAGUCCAGAAAACCUUCUAGACAAUGAUCCCCCGUUUUUCUGUAGGUUUACCAUUGUGGUUGCAACUCAGCUUCUUGAAAGGGGCGUUUUCUGUUUCUCAGUAAUAGAAUCUCACCCAGAUAACGCAUUAGAGGAUCUUCGGCUGGAUAAGCCAUUUCCUGAGUUGCGAGAACAUUUUCAGUCAUAUGACUUGGAUCAUAUGGAAAAGAAGGAUCAUAGCCACACUCCAUGGAUUGUGAUCAUAGCUAAAUAUUUAGCACAGUGGUAUAGUGAGACAAAUGGCCGAAUACCUAAAACAUAUCAAGAGAAGGAGGACUUCCGAGAUUUGAUUAGACAAGGAAUUCUAAAGAAUGAAAACGGGGCUCCAGAAGAUGAGGAGAAUUUUGAAGAAGCGAUUCGAAAUGUGAACACAGCACUAAAUACAACUCAGAUUCCAAGCGGCAUUGAAGAUAUUUUUAAUGAUGAUUGCUGUAUAAAUAUCACCAAACACACACCACCGUUUUGGAUUUUAGCUCGUGCCUUAAAGGAAUUUGUGGCCAAAGAGGGUCAAGGAAAUUUACCUGUUCGAGGCACAAUUCCUGAUAUGAUCGCAGACUCGGGCAAAUACAUAAAACUGCAAAACGUUUACCGUGAAAAAGCAAAGAAAGAUGCGGCUGCUGUGGGUCAUCAUGUUGCGCAAUUGCUGCAGUCCACGGGCCAGGCACCAGAAUCCAUUUCAGAGAAAGAACUGAAAUUACUCUGCAGUAAUUCUGCAUUUCUGCGAGUGGUAAGGUGUCGCUCCUUAGCUGAAGAAUAUGGUUCGGAUACAGUUCACAAGGAGGAAAUUAUUUCUAGCAUGGACAAUCCAGAUAGUGAGAUAGUGUUGUACUUAAUGUUACGGGCGAUUGAUAGAUUUCAUAAACAACAUGGCAGGUACCCAGGGGUUUCUAACUAUCAAGUUGAAGACGAUAUUGGAAAGUUGAAGUCAUGUCUCACUGGCUUCCUUCAAGAAUAUGGCUUAUCCGUCCUGGUGAAAGAUGACUACGUCCAUGAAUUUUGCCGAUACGGAGCUGCCGAGCCACAUACCAUUGCUGCAUUCUUGGGAGGAGCUGCUGCUCAAGAGAUUAUCAAAGUCAUCACCAAGCAAUUUGUAAUUUUUAAUAACACCUACAUUUACAGCGGUAUGUUACAGACUUCAGCAACUUUCCAGUUGUAGAAUAAGCACCCUCAAUAGGGUGUUAAUAAUGGAAGCUGUCAUUGUUGUCAAGUUGUACCCUAGUCUGUAAAAUUCUGCUAAGGAAGAGCUGUUAAAUUGUUUUCUUAAUAAACUUUUUUUUUUUCUUAAUAAACUUUUUUCAUUUGUAAUCA